AUGGCAUCACAAGGAAUGUCAAUGCUCUCCAAAGGAAAGGAAAAAAUUGAUGUAAUGAUUAUCAAUAUGAAUUCAGCCGGCUUGCUUUCAUUUCAGCUUUUGGAUCAAGCUGUAGCCUUGGAUAUAGUUUCAAUUUGUAUUUGUGAUGAAUACGAUGUACGCUCAGCAAAGAAAGCUUUUGAAAGUGGUGCUUAUUUUUACAUGCAAAAGCCACUUCACCAAGGAUUUGUGAAUUACAUGUGGCAACUUGUAUUGCAAAAGAAUAUACAAGAGGGAAAGACUAUUGAUGUCAUUGACAACAUUAAAAUUGUUGGAGAUAAUGAAGAACAACAUGUAGAGGAAAAUAAUGUGCCUAUUAAUAUAGAUGAGCAAGGCAAUGAUAUCCAUGAGACCACAAAUGAUGUUGUAUCUAAUGAAAAGCGCAAAUUGAGGAGAAAGAAAGGUAGAAAACUGACUGAAGAGGAAAAGAGUCAAAGCAGCGCUACCAAGGUUAUUAUUCGACGAAAGACUCGCAUCAUAUGGACUGUGGAUCUUCAUGACAAAUUUCAAGAAGCUGUGAACAAACUCAAUGAUGGCAGAUGUUUUCCAAGUGAUAUUCUUGAGGCGAUGAAUGUACCUGGUCUUACUAGGUAUCAAGUAGCUAGUCACUUGCAGAAAUGUCGUAACAAUACUUGGAAAGCUCCAAGGAAGAGAAAAUCUAGUAGCCUUGGAAUAUUUGAGACGACGUCGUCUCAUCUUAAAAUGAAUGUUACAAAUCUACAACAAGAAGAAACCCAAAGAAGCCCAGAAACUCCAUUUCUACCAAACUUUGCUAGAGGAGCUGAGAGUUCAACUUUGCAGGAGGUCUAUGUUGAUCCCCAAUACCUCAACUUUUCAGGAGGGCUACAACAACAACAGGAGGGACCUUUAUGGGGAUUGCAAGGAUCAAAUAUUGGGCUAGAGUUUAACAAUGGGAUUCAUCAUGCUCAAAAUGACUAUGCCUUGGAUGUAGCAACAGUGCCAGAUACAAGUAUUGCAAAUUUGACAAUUAAUGGAUUGGGAGUAGCAAAUACUAAUUUUCAGCAGCAUAUUGGUGAUCAGUUGCAAGGAUCAUCAAAUAUUGGGCUAGAGUUUAACAAUGGGAUUCAUCAUACUCAAAAUGACUAUGCCUUGGAUGUAGCAACAUAUGCAACAGUGCCAGCUGAUACAAAUAUCUCCAAUGCGACAAUUGAUGGAUUGGGAGUUCAACAACAUAUUGGUGAACAAAACAUGGCUCAACAUAUUGUCACAACAUCACAUGUGAGUGAUACUCAAGGAAGUGAGUCAAGUGAGAUGAUGGAUACUGAUGCUUAUUUUGAUUUCGAUAAUCUGGAUUUCUUCUAUCAGAAUAAUGAACUUCCAAGUUUUGACCUACCCAAUGAACAUGACAGUUUGUUUGAUCAAGUUUACUCUGAUGAUAUGGUGACAUCGAGUGUUCAAUUUCCAGAUAUAACAAGUUUUCCUGAUGAUUCUUCAACAUGA